AUGUCAACCAGACAAGCCUCUCACGCCGGAUCUUGGUACUCUGGUAGUACUGGAACCCUGACUCGCCAGCUGGACGACUGGCUGGCCCAAGUGCCGGAGUCCUUAGAUAAGGUUGGACCGCUGCCUGUGCCUGGAGCUCGAGUUAUCAUUGCCCCACAUGCGGGGUAUUCCUACUCAGGACCCUGCGCAGCCUUUGCAUACAAGGCCCUUGAUCUAUCAAAGGCAAAGCGCAUCUUUAUCCUGGGUCCAUCGCACCACUAUGCACUCUCAACACUGGCUCUACCCCAAGUCACCUCGUACGAGACCCCGCUGUCCAGCGACCCUCUGCCACUCGACACAGAGCUUAUCAGUAAGCUACUAACGACCCAGGCAACCAAGCCAAAUGGAUCCAAGAUGCGAUUCACAACCAUGAGCCAGUCUGUCGACGAGGAUGAGCAUAGCAUCGAGAUGCACCUCCCAUACAUCCAUCGCCUACUGCAGCUACAGUUCCCAAACACCCCGACGGCAGAGUACCCACCGCUCGUUCCCAUUAUGGUGGGAAGUACCUCUGCCGCGACAGAGCAGGCAUUCGGAGCCUUGUUGGCUCCGUAUCUGGCAGAUCCAUCCAAUGCUUUUGUGAUCAGCUCGGACUUUUGUCACUGGGGUCUCCGCUUCCGCUACACGUACUACGUGCCGGACGCUCCGAUGCCAGGUCCGGUACUCCCAUUAUCGGGUGAAGAGCUCCCCCAGCCAGGACAGGAUCCCGAUGAUGUCCUGGAGAGCAUCAACUCGGUCUGCGCGGGACAUGCCUUGCGGCAACGUGAUAGGGUCCCGAGGACGGCGCCUACUAUUCACGAGAGUAUCUCCGCAUUUGAUAUUGCGACGAUGACGGCCAUUACGACUGGAUCUGCCGCCACGUUCCUCGAUACUAUUGACCGCACUGGGAAUACGGUCUGUGGCCGGCAUCCGAUUGGAGUUAUCAUGGCUGCGCUCGAGGUUGUGAUGGAGACUCAACCGGAGAGCAAGAAGGGUCUUUUCCAUUUCCUCCGCUAUGAGCGCAGCUCGGAUGUAGUGGAUGUGGCCGACAGUUCUGUUAGCUACGUUUCUGCUGUGGCGGUUCUCUAA